AUGGAUUCCGGAUGGUCGUGGUCUCCUAGCCGGCCCUUGGCCAACAUCAGCAAUAACAGGCUGAAUGCACUUAACGGCUCGGGAUUGAAGCUGGACUUCAAUCGAGGACCUCAGGCUCUCCAGUCUGGCAAGGAGAACACAGUCCCCGCCAACAAGGGCAACAAAAGCACUAACAAAAGCUCCACUGCAACCACGGCUUCCAAGAAACGCAAGUCUGACGCCGUAGAAGAACUCAAACAGAAUCUCUUCCCUGAUGACGCUCCUGAGAUCGACGAUGAUGACCCGCGGCUCCGGAUGGCCGACGAGACUUGCAACGCCAUCCGCAGGAAGAUCCGCACCUGGAUCGAGUCUGGCGCCCAGAAGGUCGGAGAGUUCCAGAACACUAUCCAAGUGAGCCCUCGCAGCUAUCAGAGUUUCAUGAACCGAACCAAAACCUGGGACGGAGAGUACAACGACACCUAUAUCAAGGCGCUCGCAUUCUUCAAAAAGAGGGAAUUGCAAGGUCUACCAUUGAAGGCUAACGGGAAGACCGCGAAGAAGUCUAAGAAGAGCGCGAGCCCUGAUGAGGUCAAUAGACUUCUUGAUGUCAGCAUGAUAUCGCUGCCCGGUGAAGAUGCUGGCAAGGUCCCGGUCUACGACACCUGCGACGAAGUCCGCAAGAAGAUUCGCGCUUUUCUCAAGCAUGAUGGCCUCACCCAGGCUGCCUUCGUUCGAGAGAUUUCCAAGAGCUUCCCCGAUGAGCGCAAGGUGUCACCUCGGAACCUACAGUCUUUCUUGGGGUUGAAGGGCCCGCUCUCGGGUAACACAAACAAGACUUUCUACGCGGCCUAUGUCUUCUUCGAGAAACUCCGCAUCAAGCAGGGCAAGCCGAAGAGUGAUUUUAGAGAGAAGAUGGAAGAGGUGCAUGGCUGGAGAGGUGUGAAUGUGGAAUACUCUUCGUCAAGGCCGAUUUUUUGCCGAGCAGACGCGCGGCCGUGCCAAGACGAGUAUGGAAGAAUAGUCUGCCUAUGA